GGUGGUUGUUGAUGUGGUGGUGUUGGUUGUUGUUGUGGUGGUGCAGAUGGAGACCUCAUCACUGUGUUUGACAGCUCCGACCUCUCCUUCGCCAUCCAGUGCAGCCGCAUCCUCAAACUCACCCUGUUUGUAAACGGCUGUCCCCGCCCUCUGGACACGGAGGUGGUCCGUGACCUCCGCCGGCAGCUGUCGGAGCUCCGCGAUCGCGUCUCCUCCGUCAUGGACACCCUCGACUCCUCCACCUCCUCCACCUCCUCCACCUCCUCCACCUCCGCUCCACGCGGGCCCGGCCAGGAUCCCUCGGCAUGCCCCAGUCCUGCCGGUGGCCACAGGCCCCAACAGCAGCAGCAGCAGCAGCAGCUGCAGGCCCCAUCCACUGCUGCAGCUGCCGCUGAGUGGAUGGGGCCUAACGCAGGCUUAGCCAGGCAGCAGCAGCAGGAAGUGAUGGCCGGUGGUGGCGGUGGUGGCGGUGGUGGCGGUGGUGGUGGUGGCGGUGGUGGUGGUGGUGGCGGUGGUGGUGGUGGUGGUGGAGCGGUGUCGGCGUUUGAUCCGUUGCAACCAGAGGGAGCCAAGCGAGUGCUGUCGGCGUUUGGACUCACGGCAGAGGACGGUGGAGGAGAGGAGAGAGGCAGUGGCUCUCCCGACAGCAUCAACUCCUCCUCAUCCUCGCAACAACAUCCGGGAUUUCCACAACAACCACAACCACAACAACAACAACCACCACAACAACAACAACCACCACAAGCUGGCCAGCCCUAUCCGUAUCCUCCAUGGGAUUGCAAAUAUCCAGCCCCAGGCCCUCAAAGCUUCCAGGUCUUCCCACCGCAACAACAACAACAACCACCACAACAACAACCACAACCACAACAACAACAACCACCAGGACACCCAGCACCCGGCAGUUACCCGGGGCAACAGGCCCCGCCCCCCGGCGGCUACCCGGGCCAACAGGCCCCUCCCCCCGGCGGUUACCCGGGGCAACAGGCCCCGCCCCCCGGCGGUUACCCGGGGCAACAGGCCCCGCCCCCCGGCGGUUACCCGGGGCAACAGGCCCCUCCCCCCGGCGGUUACCCGGGGCAACAGGCCCCUCCCCCCGGCGGUUACCCGGGGCAACAGGCCCACCCAACUCAGUUCGGAGGAGGGGGCGCUCCGUACCCCCCCGCGUCCGCCACGGGGGGCGGGGGCGGGGGGGGCCCCCACCCUCAGGGGGGCGGGGGGGGCCCCCACGCUCAGGGGGGCGGGGGGGGCCCCCACCCUCAGGGGGGGGGCUCCGGGACCCCCCCGCUGGUGGUGGGCCAGGGUAACCCCUACUCACGGGCAAGACCCCCGUUCACAGGGUACACUCAGCCUGGGCCUGGCUACCGGUGAGCGGGGGGGGGGGGAGAGAGUG